ACGAUCAUUUACCCACUUGCUUACCAAAUCAUCAUUUCAUUGUUGUCUUUGUGUUUUAACUGAUAUAUUUCAUUGUUUUUAUUUUCAACUAUAAUUAAGAAAUUUUAACUUAUCGAGAUUAACCAAUAAUUUAGUUAUUGUGAGAAAACAUCAAAUUAUGCCACAACAAUUGUCGGUACUUUUUACUUAUGACUUGGACGCCAUCAUCUAAAACUUUACAUACACCAAUAAAUUCAAAAAGAGGUUAAAUUGAAUUCAGCUGAUUGGACUCCCAGGGUUAGCGAGUUACUAAUAAAAUCAUAUCGCUUAAUAUUUUGUCCAACAAUUCUGCCUGUGUUCUUUAAAGCAUGGUAAUUACUUCCAAACAAAGGAUUGGGAACAUCGAUUCAAGUGAUCCGUAUUCAAACCUAAGCUGGUUAAAGAAUCUUCACCCAACAAGUUUCAGCUUCUCAUUGAAAAUAGGAUCAAAUAGUGAACUAUUUAAGCUAAAAUUAUGGGAAAUAAUGGGAUUGAUAGUGAAUUACCAUCAGCUCCAAGUCCCGGGUUGAUUUUGUUUAAUAGUGAGGAUCAAAGUGAUUUAGUUUUCAUCGUUACUCUGGAUCCUGUUGGUGGGUUCAGUAGUUUUCAAGAUAAAUGGCGAUUUCCUGCUCAUUCAUUUAUCAUUCGAGAGUCAAGUCCAUUUUUUCAAUCACUGGUUAAACAAUUGGACAGCAAUAAAAAUUGGAAGUUGCCAGAAGUAAAGCCGAUUGUUAACAUACAAUGUCAACCGGAGAUAUUUCAUUCAGUGAUGAGCUAUAUUUACAAGAAAGAAGUUAAAUUAGACUGCAUAUCAAAGUGUUUGGCUCUUUUUGAAAGCUCGAUCAAAUUUGGAUUGACUGACCUGUCAGUUUUAUCUUUAACAUUCCUGCAAUCAAAUUUAAUGGUUUCCAAUGUAAUUGAAAUACUGACUACUUUACAUCCUUACGAGAGAGGCACAAAUUAUGACACAGGACCAAAGGAAUCAAUCAACACCGAAGAAGACAAGCACUCAAUAGUAAACGAGGAUUUGAUAAAAUUGGAAAGCCAUUUGAAUAGCUGCAUUUAUCAAUGUUAUUCAUUGAUUGAUGAAAAUGCAGAAUUGAUAUUAACAUCUGAAGGAAUUCUUUCUAUCAAUGAGAGCCUCCUUCGUUCAAUUUUACAUCGAGAUUCAUUGAAUAUAACCAAUGAAAUGGCUGUUUUUGAGUGUCUCGAUCGUUGGUCCACAAUUCAGUGUGUUAGGAGAAGGAAGGAAGUGACCAUUGAGAAUAAGAUUAAUCUUCUUGGAACCAAUAUUUAUCUUGCUCGUUACCUUACACUUUCACUGGAAGCCUUUCAACAUGGACCUUAUUUAAGUGAUUUAUUGUCUGAUCAAGACAAGCAAGCUCUCAAAGCAACAUUGGAUAAUCCAUUAGUUCCUCUUCCAAACCAUUUGCAACUCUAUCCACUGGCUAAACAAAGGUUUCACGUUUCCAAACAAAUUAACGGCCAACCUAAUCAUAAUCUGUCAACCAUGGAAACUGAAGUCAAACAAAUUACUGAUGGAGUUGAUAAUGCGAACCUUCGCGUUGUAGUCGCUCGCAAAUCUCAUUCACCUUUUAAAAAACUUUUCAGUGGAUUAGGCGAAGCAAUAAUUUGUGUCAUCCAAUUGCUAGACUAACAAGGAAUACAUUAAUUUGACGACGAUUGAUUAAAACAUGAUUUUCACUUUUUACACAGACGGAAACUUAUCAAAUUUGCACCAAAAUUGCUGGACAAAUCCUGACCAUUUGACUCAUAUUAUGAUUAAUAGCAAGUCUCAACAAAGCAAAGAUUCAAGAGUACGACUAAGGCCAAGAAUAUCAUUUUAUCCAUGUUUCUAUUUACAGUUUUUUACUUUCCUACAUUUUCCGACUUCAGUUAACCCUUACUCUUGGCAAAAAACAAACAUUUUAUGUCUUUUAAAUGCAUUGUAAUGUCACUCCACUCAAUGCAUGAUAUUUAGUCAAAGCCACGGAAAAAGCCAUUUUAUCACGAGUCUAUCUUAAUCUUGGCUUUCCUAGACGUUUUUCCUGCUCAUCAACGGAUGUCACCCUUUAACUUUGAAAAUAUCUUCGUCAUUAUCAUGCUUAAAGUUCCUCUCAUGAUGGUAAACUAAUCAGAAAUCAAUUGUUGGCAAAGACUUUUUUAUGCAUAACAUUUACUUUUUUGUUAUCUAUGACUCGAUCCAUAUUUGAUACUUUGAUUGACUUUCCUUCCUAACUCUUGAUCACCAAAAUCAUCAAAAAAAGUCAGACUUGUUGAUCAACUCUUUGAUAACCUCAAGAAUAUUCAGAAAAAUUGUAGAGUCGAGUAUUUUAAUGAAUUUUUCAAAAUCAUAAACCAGACAAUUUAAUGCCAAAUAGUUGAUUUUGGCAGACAGCCUUUGAAUGUCAAUUUUGUACUCAACAAUCUAGUUGAUUUGAUGAUAUUAAUAAUACAAUGUUACUUGGCACAACUAAUUAACGCUCAGUGAUCUAUCAUUUACCUUAAAUUAGAGACAAAUUUCUGACGUUAAUUUGAUUUCAAUUAGAUUGCCAUAUUAACAUUCAGGUUCAUUAACAGAGUAAUUUUAUUAUUAAUAAAUGCAAAUAUUUUUGCCAAA